AUGGCACACAUCCAGCAACACGAACUGGAUGUUGCCGAAACCACGAACCAUGACGGCCACAGACAGAUCCUGGACUGGAGCGGACCCGAUGACCCGGAGAACCCGUACAACUGGCCAAAGUCGAAGAAGACGGUCGUCACCGCCGUGGCCCUGUUCGCCACCUUCACCACCAUGCUCAACGGCACCAUCAUGACGGUCGCCCACGACGCCAUCAACCACCGCUUCGGCGUGAGCGACGCCGCCUUCCCCCACUCCUACUGGCCCGUCACCUCCUGGGCCGUCGGCGGCGCCCUCUGCUCCUUCGCCGUCCUGCCCCUGAUGGAAGACUUCGGCCUCCGCCGCGUCUUCCUCGCCACCUACGCCGCGCUCAUCGCGUCGCUCAUCCCGCAGGCCUUGGCGCCCACCUUCGCCACCCUCGUCGCCACGCGCUUCCUCAGCGGCGGCGCAGUCGCCGUCCUCGCCAACUCGACGAGCAGCGUCAUCGGCAACGUCUGGGACGGCGACGCCGCCCGCUCCGUGCCCAUGAGCCUCUGGAUCACCUUCUACCUCGCGGGCAGCAGCGCCGGCCCUGUCGUCGGCGCCGCCAUCCUCGCCCGCCUGCCGUCCUGGCGCUGGCUCUUCUGGUGCCAGCUCGUCUGGUUCGCCGUCUCCUUCCCGCUGUACUUGCUGUUCCUGCCCGAGAGCCGCGGCGCCGUCCUGCUGGCCCGGCGCCGCGCGCGCGAGCUGCGCCGCGAGGGGGGCAGUACCGUCUACACCCGGCCGGAGCUCGAGCAGAAGAACGACAACACGCCCCUGGCCGAGCUCGUCGCCGUGAGCCUCAAGCGGCCGCUGCACAUGCUCUUCACCGAGCCCGUCGUCAUGGUCGUCGCCGCCGCCGCCGCCCUCAUCAUCGGCAACACCUACCUCUUCACGCAGUCGGUCGAGCAGGUCUUCGCCGGGCUCUACGGCUGGGGCCCCGUGCGCGCGGGCUACGUCCAGGCCGCCGUCGUCGCCGGCGAGCUGCUCGUGGGCUGGCCGCUGACGCUCGUGUCCGCGCGGUUGUAUCUGGCGUCGGCGGCGCGCAACGCCGAAGUGCGUGGCGUCCCGAUCCCCGAGGCCCGGCUGUAUGUGAGCGUGCCGGCAGGGUUCGUGCUGAUGGCCGGCGGCAUGUUCGUGUAUGGCUGGACGGCGUACGCGGCGCUGCCGUGGGUCGCGCCCGCGGUGGGGCUGGCCAUGAUCGGCGCGGGGAACAAUGUCGUCAUUACGGCUUUUGCGGACUAUGCGGUGGAUGCGUACGCGAGGUUUGCGGGCAGCGCCAUGGCGGCCGUGGCGUUGGGGGAGAAUUUGUGCGCUGGGUUCUUGCCGCUGGCGGCGCAGAGUCUGUAUACUCGGUUGGGGUUCCAUUGGGCGAGCACGCUGCUUGGCUGUCUUUCGUUGGUGUUGUCGUGCGCGCCGGUCGUGUUGAUUGUUUGGGGGAGGGAGGUCAGGAGUCGCAGCCCUUUUAUGAAGGAGGCGACGCUGGAGAAGAAACUGGAGGUUCAAGUUGAUGGUACACCGUGA